GCACAUUAAACUUUUUUUUGAAAGAAAGAAAGAAAGAAAGAAAGAAAGUUUAAUGUGCUCUAGUUGUAGGAUACACCCUCCUACAUAAUCCUGACAGUGCCAAUCAAGGUCCACAGACACACAUCGCUGGAUUCAAAGCUGAACAGUAAAUGUUCUUGCAGCUGAUCUCCUGAUAAGGUGCUAGAAGAAUCUCCUUGACCUCAAUCUAAACCAGCCCAACAUCAGAGAGUCAAGGUCCAUAAUCAAAAUGCGGUGGUGUAAAAGCAUAAAGGUCAUCUCCAUGGUUCUGUUAAGCACCGCCAUCUUUACUGUGACCAUACAUAAAGUUCCUUAUGGACAUUUUAAAGAUUUGGUGAACAAUAGCAUGGUGGAACGUCUCUUUCAUGACGAACCCUGUGCCUGUAUGGAGCGCUGUUUGGCUGCGAGUGACGACAAGUGGUUUACUGAACAUUUCAGAAAAGAUGUCCCCCCAGUGCUCUCUCUCAAUAACAGCGUCUUCUCUGACCACAUCUUUAAGUGGUGGCAGUCUCUACAAUCAAGGAGCAAAGCUAAUUUCUCCCAAGUGAUUACGGAGCUGUUUUCUGUCAUUCCUGGAGAGGAACGGUACAGAGACGCUGGCCCGUCCCGCUGCCGAACCUGUGCUGUGGUGGGGAACUCUGGGAACCUUUUAGGAUCAUACUAUGGUCCUCUUAUAGACAACCAUGAUUUUGUAUUCAGGAUGAAUAAAGCACCGGUUGAAGGCUAUGAGAAAGAUGUGGGAUCCAGGACGACCCAUCGCAUCAUGUACCCAGAAAGUGCCACCCAUCUGGACAACAACACACACCUGGUGCUGUUGCCCUUCAAAACACUGGAUAUCCAGUGGGUCACCAGUGCUCUAACUGAUGGAUCUAUCAAACGAACACGGUUUAAGGUUAUACACAAGCUACAAGCCAACAAGGACAAAGUGAUGGUUAUGCACCCUGCUUUCAUGCAUUAUGUGCACAACACUUGGCUGCACAUUAAGUCUCGAAGAUCUUAUCCAUCUACUGGUUUCCUUGUGCUAAUAUUUGCUCUGCACAUUUGUGAUGAGGUCAGUGUGUUCGGCUUUGGCUCGAACAGUAAAGGCACCUGGCACCACUAUUUCGAAAAAACACCCAAGUCUUUCAAACGCACUGGUAAACACAGUGGAGGGAUUGAGCACGAGACCAUCUUAGAACUUCAGCAAAGGAAGUUGAUUGAUCUGUACACAGGGUGGUGAAAAGGAUAAUGACAUUGAGUAGCGUGAUUAUUUAUUGAUAUUUACUUUUAUUUCAGAUAAAUACAUAUAAUUAUUCACAUUUUGUUUAAACAUUUUGGAUCUGUAAGAUUUUUUGCUUGUUUUCUUAAAUAAAUGAAUAUGUAAACUCAGCAAUCACACUCUAUAUUAAUCAAAAUGGCAGUAAAGGUUAAACAAAACAAAUUUUAUAUCAAAUAAAUGCA